CUAGUUAGAUUUUAACUUCAAUAAAAUAUUUUCAAUUUAGUAAGAUUAAAUCUUUAAAUUCAUAAUAUUCGAGUAUGGCUUUGGAGGAAAUAUGCGGCUUAAAUAAAUUUGGAUUCAUGAAGGGGUUCGAUGCUCAAGUCAAGGACUGGGAUCAACAGCAGCUGCAAAUUGCCACCAGCAACCUUAGAAAUCCUUACAGUCUAAUGGCUCCGCCGUUUGAAAAUCCUGCCGUUAAUCUGCCAAAGAUUCUGCAGCACUGCAACGUGCGAAUGGAGUUCGAUCAUGGCACCACAACUUUGGGCUUCAAGUAUCAAGGAGGUGUGAUCCUUUGCGCUGAUUCACGAGCCACUUCCGGCCAGUACAUUGGCUCGCAGAGCAUGAGGAAGGUUGUGGAGCUCACUAAUUAUAUGCUUGGCACCUUGGCCGGCGGCGCUGCGGACUGCGUCUACUGGGAUCGAGUGCUGGUACGCGAGUGCCGGUUGCAUGAACUGCGCUACAAGAGCCGCAUGCCUGUCGAUGCUGCGGCCAGAAUAAUGUGCAACAUAUCCACCGAGUACAAGGGCAUGGGUCUGGCCAUGGGCAUGAUGCUGGCGGGCUGCGAUGAUGAGGGCUGUAAGCUCAUCUAUGUGGACUCCGAGGGUAUGCGGUCACAUGGCAGCGUAUUCUCAGUGGGGAGUGGUUCUCCCUAUGCUCUAGGUGUACUCGAUACAGGGUAUCGAUGGAAUCUAACAGACGAGGAAGCAUACGAUUUGGCUCGUCGUGCCAUUUACCAUGCCACCAGCAAAGAUGCGUACUCGGGAGGCAUUGUUCGCCUAUAUCACAUCAACGACAAGGGCUGGAAAAACAUUUGCAACACGGACUGCAACGAUCUGCAUGACAUCUUUUGCGAGGAGACAACUAGUAAUGAUGAUCAAGCGCACUUGCCCUGCACUAGCAAAGCAUGGAUUGAACAAAAACUACGACAUGAUAAUGUCCAAGCACGAGUCGCAGCGGUGACUAUGGAGAAAGUGUAGAAAGAAAAUCAGAAGUAAUAGUUUUAAAUUUCAGUAAAUAAUUAAAUAUUGUUUAAGGUCA